AUUAAUAUCCUGACAUUUGACAUUCUGUUUUUCAAGUUAAGAAACGUCAAAUCUUUCUUUUUCUUUCUGUUUCUGAAAAGACAAAAAAAUCUUUUCAGGAAGGAAAUGGAACCUAUGAAAAUUUUAUUUGGAAAAUGUAAAUUAUUUCAAAAAACUCUUCGAUUAUCUGGUAUAUUUCUGCAGCAAAAUGGAAUGUCUCAGUAUCCCACUUAUUAUAUUCCCCCGGUAUACAAGAAAGAUGCUCAAGAGGAGUUAAUAAAAAGUGGAGAAGCUACAAAAUUGGUACAUAUCCCAACCAGAGCUGCCUUGAGUGAUCAAACAAGUUCUUUAGCUCAUGAUGACCUAGUGAAUCUAUUCAUCAACUACUGUAUGAAAGAUGGUUUGAAACAAAUAGCAAGACAAAUUGUGGAACAGUCCUUCCAAAGCAUCAAAAAAAUCCAACUAGAGAAAUAUCACAAAUGUGAAAGUGAAGAGGACAAACAGAAAAUAGAAUUGAACCCCAGAGUUGUUUUUCAUAAAGCAGUAGAAAAUUGUAAACCAGUUAUCCAUUUGACUCCAAUCAAAAGAGGAGGAGUUAGAUAUCAGGUCCCAGUGCCAAUUACUGAUAAAAAAGCUCAGUUCUUAUCCAUGAAAUGGCUGAUCACAGCAGCCAGAGAAAAAGAGAAAACUGUAAGAUUUCAUUUACAGUUAGCAAGAGAACUUAUAGAAGCAGCAAAUAAUAGUGGAAGGGUUGUUAAAAGAAAACAAGAGCUGCAUAGACAAUGUGAAGCUAACAGAGCUUAUGCUCACUAUAGAUGGAGUUAAAAUAGCUAAGGUUCACUGUCCAGUAGAUAUAUAUUUUAGUUUCUUCUUUAUUCUUAGCAGAUCAUGAUUGAACCUAUAAUACUUUUUCCAUUUUUUCUUUAUCUACUAUUAUACCAAACUUCAAACUUAGUCUCAAUGUUUCUUUUGUAGAGUAUCUUCUUAAAGUAAAAAACAGCCCAUCUAGUGGUGAAGCAGGUGACUCAUUGAUAGGAAUAAUAUCACUUGUGGGUACAAAAAUAUCCUUCCUAUUUCCCCAAAAAUCCAUGAAUGAUAUUUUUGCCAAUUUUUUUUCUUCAUUAUAAUAAAUGAAGCCUACAAACUUAGUUGUAAGUAGUCCUAAACUAUAUAGUGUUAAGCAUCCUGAUGUACCUACAAAAUUGAAAUUUCCUGAACUAAUGAAAGAUAAAUAAAUUAGGUGACAAAUACCUAAUGCACUCAAAAAAUAUAAAGAGUCAGUAUCUAUGAGGUCCAUUUGAUUCAGGACUAUCCCACUUGGUAUACUCAUUACUGUGAGGAGAGUCUGAUACAUUUUCAGUCUGUUUAUCAUUGAAAUGGGUCUGAUGUAUGAGAAUUUAUAGAUGGGAACAAAAUCAUCUGAUAGAGUUUUACUAUUUUUCUGAGCAUUCAGGUUAAGAUGUCUACUGGUAACACCAACACCACAUGGGCAGUAUAUCAGUUUCACAACUUUUGAGCUCCAGAGCCUAUUCAAGCCAAACAUAUUACAGUAAUUCAUAAAAUUACAUAAAAUCAUUAUAAAUAAGAACUUCUUUAACCUAAAAAAAAAUAUAACGUGACAACUGACAAGGACAAGUAGUA